UGCAUUGUUCGCAUGCCAUUCAGUGAUAGGCAUGUUAUUGAUCUUGGAGAGAUGUGAUUUGUUUACCGAAUCGCUCGCAGGUGUAGAUUAAUAUUUAUUGCACUUAGUAGCUAUUGCAGUGCCAGAUUUCACGGUUUAAUUAUGAAAAAAAAAGUUUUGAAGUCUUUAUGGAUACCCGCUGCCACUUUUAAUCUUGACUUUUCGAACAAAAAAAAAUAAUCAUUUUAGCUCUGGUGAUCUUCACUUACUUACAAGCACCACAUCAACAAUUGUCGCACAGCCCAACAACGACUCCACCUCGGCUGGAGUGUUUACGAGCACGAUGGUUGUGCCGGUUGACACAGAUGGCGCGAACUCUGAAGAGAUAACCACCACCAUCAUAAAGACGACAAGAGUCACAGAGACUGUGACGACCUCGAGCGAUUGAAUGGUGAUGAACUGAGUGGCUGAUACGAUACGACGACGCACAUUCACUAGCCAGCCGCUGACUGCAGGAAAUAAGUGAAUCAACAGCAGCCAAAUAAUGAAAUAAAAGCAUUUAGCAUUAAUUUAUACACAAUUAAGUUAUAUGUACUGAGCACACAGAUUGGCUUGAAUGCCAUGCAACGAACUCCCAGUUAGAUGUACACACUUGCAUACACAUAUUUGUAGCAGAUAAGUUCAUGGAAAACGAAAACAUUGUAAAUAGCGAUUUCUUUUUUUUUUUGAAAUUUGUGUAAUAAAUAAUAACUUUUAUUAAAAGCGAGCGCACUGGGUGUACGAUAUUUCACUAAAUAAACACCCGCCCGCCCACCCUUUCCUUUUAUGAUAACAGGCAUCGGGUGUAUUUCGAAGCAAAUCGGUUAUUCACCAGCCGUUGGUUGCUGCACAAACUUUGAAACGCGUUUGAGUACGCGCAUCGGCACUUAAUUGCAGCGUAGAAUCGAUUGCGCGUGAAAAAUAAAACAAAAUGUUAUUCUUAUUGAGCUGGCGCAGCAGACAAGAUCAGUAAUUUACGCCGCCGACUACCGCACUGCCCCUUCCAUUGGCCGCUGUCCAUCCAGUUCUAAUCAGUCGACUCGCGCGCAGCAUUAAAAAGCGCUCGUUUAAUCGUCAAUCAGUUUAGUUUAAAUACCCGUCGCGGCAACAACAUCCCUCUCAGUCAGCGAGUGUUCGGCGCGCACAGUUCUCAGGCAAUUCUAAUUUUAAUUAAAUUAAAUUAAAACUAAAAUCGACAUUCAAAUUGAAAUUCGCACGUCACCAACCUGAUUGAACUGGCCAGUUAUUCUACAGCGCUGUCGCGUUUUUGGUUCAAAUAAUUUUUUAUUUUUUUUUUAAUUGAUUAACUUAUUGUUGCUAUUGUUCUUGUUGAACAGUUGGUGUACUCGUGACAAAUGGCACAAGCUGUACUCUUGUUAAUGGCCGCCAUCAUGGCGAUCAGCAGUUUGACGCAAGGUUUCGUGCUGCCCCACUUUGCGCAGCUGAUGGGCGCCGACUACGAGUAUGCCGAAGAGACGCCGGCCGCGCCCACACCAACCACCAACUACAUCAUGCGCAUCGCGCACCCCAACGAGUUGCGUGAGCCCGGCGUGGCCGAGGUCACUAAAUUCAUUGAUGCCGGUGCAGCCAAGGCCGCUGCGCCAACCAGCAAUCAGGAGAGUGCAGAGGCUAACUCAGCCGGUGAGGCAAAGGUGGCGCACAAGGCAGGCGAAGAGCCAUGUCGGCGCCAAGGCAAGACGCUCACCUACACGGAGCUCGAUCAACUGCUGGCCAAUUGGCAAAUGGACAAGGAGCGGAACGCCUACAACAUGCAGGCCAGCAACCGAUAUGGCAUCCACGCGCGUCGGAACUGAGCGGAUCAGCGCGUUUUUUUUUGUUUUAUUAAAUCGAAAAUAGUGUAUUUUAUCAUAGUUGAAUAGGGGCUGACUGUAAAGGCGCAAAUGCUAGCAGCACUGAUAAGCCGUUGGGUAGACACGGUGGGCGGGGUAGGGGAGUUUGCGCUGAUAAUUAUUUUUUUAAAGCUUUUAUUGUUUGAUCAUUGUUAAAUUAAUUGUUCCAUAAGAACGCGCUUGGUGUUGCGCCUUCUUAGCAGCCGCCUUAGCAUUGGAAACGGCCACGGCGUUGCGACUGUUGGACGAAUGCAGAGUGGGAAAUGUUUAAUUACCAACUCGUUAACGUAUCUCGAAUGUGCCGCCUGUCUACAAAUAUUUGUUAAGCUACAUUUAUCUCAUGUUAAUACUAUUUGUAAUCAUUGUUAAAAUAAAAGACUCGACUAGAGUUGGCAAAAAAAGAACAGAUAACUAAAUGGAACAGAACGAAA